UUGGCAUCAGAGAGAAGGCUGUACAUCCUUAUGUGGAGCUUGAUGUGCAUGUGUUUGUACAUAUUGAUCAGUAAACACAGUGUGUCGGCUUAACAUGCGUGUUACUGACACUUGGUGUGCUUGGUGAUGGGAUGUAGCGUCAGAGGAGUCUAAUGCGGAGCACAGCCCACUGGCCUGUUUUCAUGUGAGAGGAAGGGGAACGUCGACCUGAAUGCGGCGCUCGUCGGGCAGCCGCUCUCCCCGGCCAUCCUCUUCCCUCUCCGCUCCUCUCCGCCUCCUUCACCCUGGUAAUCCUUGCUGACACGACCCACAAAGGACUGAACGCUGGCUGCAUCCUCCAGCAUCAGGGCUCUCUCCUCUCCCUCCUCCAGUUCUGAUCCGUUACAGUCAGCCUGUACAGCAGCAGGACGCUGUUUCUGUAGAGCGGCUGUAUAUCACAUCUCUGGAAUACCGGCCUGGCUGCCCUCCUCCUCCUCCUCCUCCUCCUCCUCCUCCUCCUCCUCCUCCUCCUCCUCCUCCUCCUCCUCCUCCUCCUCCUCCUCCUCCUCCUCCUCCUCCUCCUCCUCGUCGGCAGGUUCAUUCAGGGAGUGCACCAUCAGAACAGCGCUUCAGCCCUGAGGAGGCGUUUUUUUAUCUCACUGGAAGCUGGUAGAACCGCUGGUAGCAGGAGGUUGGAGCUGCUUCCUCUCCUUGCCUAUUUUUGCCGGCCUCUCUGUUCACCAUUCUGCACAUCAAUAUACCAACAGUGACCCCUGACCUGUUCCCGGAUACACCCCUGGUGCCCUCCCUGCCCACAAUAUCGUCGGCACGGGCCGGCCCCGCCCCUCAGAAGCCGCGGAGGCGCAGCAGCAGCGACAGCGCUGCCAGGCCCCGGCCGCUGCGCUCAGCCCCCAGGCCGGGCCCGAGCAGAGGCAGCAUGGAGGUGGGCAUGCGCGUGGUGCGUGGUCUGGACUGGAAAUGGGGUAACCAGGACGACGGCGAGGGCCACCUGGGCGCCGUGGUGGAGAUCGGGCGGCAGGGCAGCACUACUACACCAGACAAGACGGUGGUGGUGCAGUGGGACAGCGGCACAAGAACCAACUACCGCACUGGCUACCAGGGCUCCUAUGACCUGCUGCUCUAUGACAACGCUCAGAUCGGCGUGCGUCACUCCAAUAUCAUCUGUGACAGCUGCAAGAAGCACGGCAUCAUGGGAAUGCGAUGGAAGUGCAAGGUGUGCUUCGACUAUGACCUGUGCACCCAGUGUUACAUGAACAACAAGCACGACCUGAGCCACGCUUUCGAGCGCUACGAGACAGCGCACUCCCAGCCAGUGUGCUUGGCACCGAGGCAGAACCUCCCACGGAUCAUCCUCAAAGGAAUCUUCCAGGGGGUCAAAGUGGUUCGUGGACCUGACUGGGACUGGGGAAACCAAGACGGCGGGGAGGGUAAGGUUGGGAAGGUAGUGGACAUUCGCGGCUGGGACACGGAGUCCGGUCGCAGCGUGGCCAGCGUCACCUGGUCUAAUGGCACCACCAAUGUCUACCGAAUGGGCCACAAAGGAAAAGUGGACCUCAAAUACGUGUCUGAUGGUCAAGGAGGAUUCUAUUACAAAGAACACCUACCAAGGCUCGGAGAGCACGCAGAGCUGCAACGCCAGGAGAGCGCCGACGGCCACUCCUUCCAGCAGGGCGACAAGGUCAAAUGUCUCCUGGAGAUGGAAAUCCUACGACAGAUGCAGGAGGGCCAUGGAGGGUGGAACCCCAAAAUGGCAGAGUACAUUUGCCGGAUCGGGACUAUUCACAGAAUUACUGACAGAGGCGAUGUCAGAGUCCAGUACAGCAACAACAUCCGCUGGACUUUCCAUCCUGGGGCCCUCACCAAGGUGAACACUUUUGGAGUUGGCGAACUAGUAAAAGUAUUGGAGGACAUCGACAGUGUGAAGAGACUACAGGCUGGCCAUGGAGAGUGGACAGACAGCAUGGCUCCUGUGCUCGGCCAGGCCGGGAAGGUGUUGAAAGUAUAUGCGGAUGGUGACCUUCGGGUGGCGUUCGGAGGCCAGACGUGGACCUUCAACCCAGCGUGCCUCACGGGCCAGACGGUGGAGGUGGACGCCAACCUCAUGACGGCCGAGAACCCCAACGAAUCUGGAAGUACAGUCAUAUCGGUGUUGGAGAAGCUGCUCUCUCAGUCCACGGAGCAGGACAAUCCCAGCCGGCUGGUCAUCGAGGCAGCGCACGGCAGUGCCAACAAAGUGCGGGAGUUGGUGCAGAAAUAUCCCGACAAGGUGGAUAUAAAGAACCAGGGCAAGACUGCACUGCAGGUGGCUGCUCACCAAGGACACAUGGAGGUGGUGAAGGCCCUGCUGCAGGCCAACAGCUCCAUCGAGGUUAAGGAUGAAGACGGAGACACAGCAUUGCACUACACUGCCUUUGGUAACCAGGCAGAUAUCACCCGGCUGCUGUUGAGCAAGGGAGCAAAUGUCAACCUCCUGAACAACUCCAUGUGCACGGCCCUCCACAUAGCCGUCAACAAGGGCUUCACGGACGUGGUGCGAGUGCUGACCGAACACUCUGCUGAUGUCAAUCUCCAGGAUUCAUAUGGGGACACACCGCUCCAUGACGCCAUCGCUAAAGAUUUCCGCAAUAUCAUUGAGAUCCUGGUCUUGGUGCCCAACAUUGACUUCACACAGCAGAACCAUCGAGGCUUCAACCUGCUGCACCACGCUGCCCUCAAAGGAAACAAACUGGCCACAGAGAAGAUCCUGGGCAGAGCGCGGCAGCUGGUGGACGUCAAGAAGGAGGACGGCUUCUCCGCGCUACAUCUGGCCGCGCUCAACAACCACCGCGACGUCGCCGAGAUCCUCGUCAAGGAGGGACGCUGCGAAAUCAACAUCCGUAACAACCGGAACCAGACGGCGCUGCAGCUGGCGGUGACGCAGGGCCACACGGACCUGGUGCAGUUGCUGGUGUCCGAGGGCGCCGACGUCAACAUGGAGGACGAGGACGGAGACACGGCCAUGCACGUCGCCCUGCUCCGCCCGCAGCUGGCCAGCGUGAUGCUCAGCCCCCCCGUGGGGACCAGCAGCACCGAGGAGCCCAGCGAGGGGUGCUCCUCCACAUCGCUCUACUGCAGGCUGAGCGCUUCAGGUCUUCUGGGGAACACCGAGCUGAGUGUUGGUGCAGCCCUCGCUUGUUUUUUGGCGCAGGAAGGGGCCGACAUCAACUACGCCAACCACAAGGGAAAGAGUCCCCUGGACCUGGUGGCAGACAGCACCAUGAUGCAGCUCAUCAAGAGCUUCUCUGAGAAACACAGGUUGCAGCGUCUGCAAGCCAUCACAUGUGGUCAGGGUCUGAGCAGCGCCAGCCUGCGGCGGGUCCACACCACGCCCAACACCAUGACCAACCUGGUUCUUCCCAACCUGCCGGGGCCCAGUGAAUGCCUCAUCUGCUCCGAGCUGUCUCUGCUGGUUCUCUUCUGCCCCUGCCAGCACAGCGUGGCCUGUGAAGAAUGUGCCCAUCGAAUGAAGAAAUGCAUCAAAUGCCAAGUCACAAUCACCAAGAAAAUUAGACAAGACCAAACGGAGGUGGGUUGCAGCCCCGGCACGGAGAACUCGGAGCAGCACAACCUGCUGGAGCAGCUGCAGUCCCGCUACCGGCAGAUGGAGGAGCGCAUCACCUGCCCCAUCUGCAUCGACAACCACAUCAAGCUGGUCUUCCAGUGCGGACACGCCUCCUGCAUCGACUGCAGCGCCGCGCUCAAGACCUGCCCCAUCUGCCGGCAGACCAUCCGCGAGCGCAUCCAGCUGUUCGUCUGAGUGACCAACCACAGAGGGGAGAGAGUGGGAAACCAGUGACCUGUGUCUGCUUGUCGCACCCUCCUGCUCACCCCUCUCUCCCCCCCUCCGAUUGAACACUUACUCAGCCUGUAGGUUGCUUCUCCAUAAGAGACACUGCUGAGAGUCCGUUCUUUGUUACAUUCUGAGUAGUUUCCCUCUCAGAUAAUUUUUCGGCGUCAGAACUGAUUGUUCCGCCAAAACCCGACGGGAAGCAGACGUCGUGAGGCCAUGCUGACAAUUUUCUGUACUUUAAUUGGUUAGCCAUGAGAAAAAUGUCCCCCCCCCUCCCAGUAGCGUGGCGUGGGAAAAAAAUUAGGGGAAGCCAAUAAUACGUCCUUUCUUUUGGGUCGGGGGGGUGGUGGUCAAUGUAAUAACGUAACCAGAUGAGUGAUUACAGCACCCGGUAUCAUUUUACACACAUUUGUAUCAGAUGCAGGACUUACACACGCCUGUUAUCUAACCGACAGGUCCGCACGCAUUCUCCAGCCCAAACUCUAAUAAGCAUUCAUUCACAAA